GAAAAAUCAAAAAUUCAUCAUAAAUUUUUCAACCCUUAUUUUCGUUUUUGCUCCUUUUUCCUAGAAGAUCCAUUAUAUUUCAAGUCAUUUAAUUUCAUUAAACUAACGUUUAAACACUUUGUUGACCAAGGGUCGCCCGUUUUUUUUUUUUCCACACUUUUUAUUAGCGGUUGUCUUCGAUUUCAUAACUAGCAUAUCUAUAUUUAACUUAAUUUUUUCGGUUUUUUAAGACUAACUUUUCCAUACAUGUCUACUGCUUCUUCCAAUCCGACACUGUCCGGCUCCUCUUCGAGCCAUCCUAAUAGUAGUGGUGCCACUGGACCUAAUCGUUUUCGUGGUGAUGUUCCUUCUUUCAGUCCAAGUGGUCAAGCAACACCAUCUCCAAGAAUAAAUCAACAGCCUAUGCAUAUGGCCCAAGCUUACAUGCAAUCAUUCUAUCCUCCUCCAAAUGCUCCUGCUCCUAACCCUUUUGUCUAUAGUAAUUUAGGUUAUUAUACUAUGGUGCCCCAAGCUCAAUUUGAUUAUAGUUUAUAUCAGCAAUAUCCUUAUUAUCCAGUUCCAACUAAUCAGUUCAAUCCUCAACAACAGUUCAUACCAAACCAUCAUGUAAAUGGCUAUAAUAAUAAUAUGAAUCAUAGACCUAAAUUAAAUCAUAAACAUAAAAAUGGCAUGGUCAAUGGUAAUAAUAACAAAUCUCCAAGAUUUGCAAACCAAAAUUAUCAGCCACCACAAUUACAUCCAUCUCAUCAAUAUAGCCCUCAAAUGAAUCAACUACCGGUACCACAAUCACCAUAUUCUUCCCACCCUCCUCCACCUCUUCCUCAACAUCAAUAUUCUCCUACUCCAUCAUCAGGUUAUUCAUCUCCAAAAACUGAUACUGCUAGUAUCAAGUCUAAUAAUAAUAACCAUGUUAGUAGGAGUGUCAAAUCUACAAACCAAAUUAUUGAACAACCUACCAAAUCUAAUAUUAAAAAGGCUCCAUUAUUUUUCAAUUCAAAUUUGAAUGAUUUCAAAGAAAGUCAAAAUAAAAUUUUCGAUGAAAGAAUAGAAUCAUUUAAAUCGAAAAAUGAAAAACUCAAAGCAUUCUCUAAAGAACAUGAAAGUGAUUAUAAUAUUCUUAUUCAUAAUAUUCAUACAAAAAUUAUAGAUCAUAAUUCCGAUUCUGAAUCAUUCAAAAACACUCCUUUGAUUUUUAAUAAUAAAGAUACUUCAAAAUCAUCUGGUCAUUUGAAUAAAUCCAUCUCCGACGCAUCCAAUAAACCUAUGACCACCAAUUGGGCAUCAGUUUUACAAAGUAGUGCCCCUAAAAAAACUACUUCUAAUACUAAACCUAAAUCCAUUUCUGGAGCCAGCCAUCAACGACAAUCAUCAAUUGAUCAUGUUUCGAGCUCGGCCACUCCAACAAGAACAAUUGAUAAUGAAUCCGCUCAGCCAUUGGGAAUCUUAAUUUUAAAAAUAAUGUUUGAUCCAGUUUAUGCAAAUCUCAAUAAUUAUUCAGCUUUUAAAGUUAAACCAAGAGGUUUAACCAAUACUGGGAAUAUUUGUUAUAUGAAUGCUGUUUUACAAGUGUUAUUAUAUUGCGAACCAUUGAAUAAGAUUUUGAAAUUAAUUGAUGAAAAAGCCAUUGGAUCAUUAAAUCAAAAUUCUUCGACUCCAUUAUUAGAUUUGACUUUAAAAUUCUUCAAAGAUUUCCUUAGUGAUGAUAAAUCUAGCAGCGGAAGUAAGUCAUUAUCACCUGAAGGUUUUUAUAUGUCUUUGAUUACUCAUGAUAAAUUUCAGCAUUUAAAAUGGGGCCAACAAGAAGACGCAGAAGAAUUUUUGGGUUACUUUUUAGAUGGAUUACACGAAGAAUUUGUUUCAUCAAUUAAUUCUUUGACUACUUCUCAGAUUGAUUCAUUUAUUAAUAAUUAUCAAUCGAUUAUUACUGAUGGAUUAGCAUACAAUGAGUUCAAAGCACAUGUUAAAAAUGCAAUCAAAAUUAUUAAGAAAUCUAAUACUGAAAAACAUGCUGAUUCAAAUAAAGAAAUCAAAGAAGAAAUCAGUGAUGAUGAAAAUGAUGAUGGUUGGUCAGAAGUAGGAACAGGUAAUAAAAAAAUUAGUGCCAAAAGAACUGUUGAAAUUGAACCAUCUCCAAUUUCAAAUAUCUUUGGAGGUCAAUUUAGAAGUGUUUUAAGUAUACCAAAAAGUAAAGAAAGUCAAUCAAUUACUUUGGAUCCAUUUCAAUGUGUUCAAUUAGACAUAUCUGAUUCUAAUAUUAAUACUGUUGAAGAAGCAUUCUUAAAAUUGAAUGAACCAGAAAGUAUUCCUUAUAAAUCAUCUCAUAAUAAAGAAGUAAUUGCAAGAAAACAAACUUUCUUUGACCAAAUGCCUCAAGUUUUAAUCAUCCAUUUAAAGAGAUUUUCAUAUCAACAAGAAACUAAAGAGAACAAGGACGAAACUAAAUCUUUAGGAGGAUUUGGGAGUAUUGAAAAAUUACGUAAGAAAAUCACUUACGCUCAUAAUUUAAGUAUUCCUCAAGAAUGUUAUUCUUCAAUUAUACAAAAAUCCAAUCCAGAUAACGUUGGAAAACAUUAUAAAUUAACCGGUGUUAUUUACCAUCAUGGUACUGGUACCGAUGGAGGACAUUAUACGUGUGAUGUACUUCGUAAAUCGUCGAUUUUCGAUAGUUCCGAUGAGUCUGGUGGUAAGGUUAAUGAUAACGAAUGGAUUAGAAUUGAUGAUACUUCCAUUUCCUACUUGGAUAAAAACGAUGUCUUAGAUGGCGGAGUUGAAGAAUCCACCAAGACUGCUUACAUUUUGGUCUACCAAAAGCUAUAAGGAUUAGUAAGACGUACAUAAAAGAAAAUUAAGCAAAAACCAUCCAAAAAAAAAUAGAAAAUUAC